UGUGGGCAGCGGCCGGACUGUGUCUGUUCAGCUGUAUAGCCUUAUCAUUUUCGGAAUUUUUUGUACUACUAAGUCUGUGCAAAAGGGAGAUUUGUGGAAGAAGUAUGCUCAGUGUCACAGGUUCACUUCAAGGUUUUGCCGAUCUUUUACUGAUCUUCGGUCUACUUCUGUGGCCAAUCGGAUGGGAAUCAGUUACAGUUAGGGAAGUUUGCGGCGGAUCAGUCGGUCCCUACUCAAGAGGAAACUGUACUAUCGGUUGGGCUCCGAUAUGUGCUGGCGUCGGUGCAUUACUUUUGUUCAUCUGUGCGCUGCUUGCAAUGGCAGUCGACAAGUCAAUCACCACAAACGCAGCAACCAGACAAAUUAGGUUCCUGGGCACAUGGUGUACAGAUAGAAAAGAAGAAAUCCACUCAAAGCAGCUAAGUUUGCUACAGCUUUCGCAUUCCAUUCUUAAUAAAAACGUGCGUGCCACAAUAUUCAUAUAA